CACUUUCUAGGUUUGGUAAUGAUUCGGCGGAGAGAGUAUGCAUUCAUGCUUCCUUGUUCUGAAUAUUUAUGAGGAAUGCGAUGCAGCUGCAGCAGAAUUGUUCCGUUGGCUAUAUUAUUUCUUGGAUUUUCUCUGUGGAAUUGGCAAGAAGGGACGAUACCAGCGGAUUUUGGAAUACCAUAUCGCUUCAGACGAUACAGGAAAGUUAGAGAGUGGCAAAAAUUGUACAACAGAUACGUGUCUCUAUUUGCCACCAUGUUCGCUUCAUGAUGACCAGCUUACUGUUUUUAUCGAACCGUUCAUACGGGUCAUCGAUGAGAGUGGUAGGGAUAUCACACCGUCACCUUCAAGCGAAUAUCUCGAGAUACGUUCAAUCAUUGAACGAUCCAAGUAUAGAGUUGAUGCAAUUGAAGAUGCCUGCCUCGUUCUGCCUGGAUUUGAUACUCUUAAUAUUUAUCGUUUCAACGACGGUGAAUCAUCUUUUUCGAAAAAUUUUAAUGCAGGUGCUCGCCUGAACAACCACAAUGUGCUCAUAUUUGCAUUUGCGGGUGCCAGUCUUCUUGAUAUUAAUGCUAUUAUUGCGAGGGCCGGAUCUCAUCGCAAAACUUUCCGACGCGGCUUUGAUUUAUCAUUGCCUCUAUGGAAUCCCUAUAGUUUGCCAUCGUCUUUCUUAUCCUCUGUGGAGAAAUUUUCAUAUUUUAUCGUUGUGCCGAUAAAAUUUGCUUCUCAUAAUGUUAAAGUAUUACUUAAAAGCUUGUUUAACAAAAAUGAUUGCCUUGUCUUGGAUAGCUGCGAUGUAAUAGAUGGAAAUUCCUUGUGCGACAUUCGUGGAAAUGCUCAUAGCUUGGGUGAAGUUGUCAAGGAAAGUCAGUUCACUCUGAUUGAUGAUCGAGUUGCUGGAUCUGAAUUGCUGUUAAUGUUAGCUUUACGCGUCGGCUCUAUUCCUGUCAUUAUCUCAGAUUCUAUCAUCUUGCCCUUUAGUGAAGUGAUCAAUUGGGAUUUAUUAUCAUUAACAUUUUCCCGAAGUCGUUUGUCUUCUGUCCUCACAUUCUUGCGAGUUUUAUCAUCCGAACGAAAACAGCGUAUGAGGGAACAAAUUUCUUUCGUAUAUAGUCGUUAUUUUUCUUCACUUGAAAAAAUUGUCCUUACUACUUUAAGUAUCUUGGAGAGGCGUAUUAUUCCUAAUUCGUUUACAACAUACGAUGAAUGGAAUUGCAAUUCAUUAAAGAGUUGUCUUGUCCCAUCGCUCUUCCAUCCUUUCCACGCUUCUGCCGAAGGUUUCACGGGUGUUAUCUCGACAUAUAGUAAACUGAGUUCAUUGUUUGUCAUCAUACGAUUGCUUGCCAAAGUAGCAAGUUUGCGAAGCAUUGUCGUUGUAUGGAAUCAUCCCAGUAAACCUCCUCCAAUGACUGAGUGGCCACACAUUAAUCGACCCAUUCAUGUUAUCCAUAUGGACCAAAAUAUGUUGACCAAUCGAUUUAUUGUGUUCUCGGAAAUAACUACAGAUGCAGUAUUUUCGCUUGACGAGGACGUAGUUGCUGUGAACGUUGAUGAAAUCGAAUUUGGCUAUCAGACGUGGCGAGAAAAUCCAGAUCGGUUAGUGGGAUUUUUACCACGAGCUGUUGUUUUCAAUGAAUCUACCAAGUUAUAUGAGUACCAUACAGAAUGGGCAAGUUCAAUGAAUAUUAUUUUGAUGGGAGCCGCGUUUUAUCACAAGUACUAUGGAAUGUUAUAUCACGAGUUAUUGCCACCAAAAAUAAUAGAAUAUGUGGAAAGGAAUAAAAACUGUGAGGAUAUUGCGAUGAAUUUUCUGAUUAGUAGUGUUACUGGAAAAAGUCCUUUGAAGGUUACACCGCGAGAAAAGUUCGUUUAUUCAAGUCAUGUCAACAAUGAUAUAUCAUCAUCAUGGAAUGCUCAACGUUCCAUUUGUAUCAACUCAUUUAUUUCAUAUUUUGGUUAUAACCCACUAGUUACAAGUGUUUCAAGAUACGAUCCUGUUUUAUAUAAGAUACCUAUCGAGGGUAUCACUAAUCCAUAUAGUCUGGUCGGACCGCCUUGA